AUGGCGCGGUCGACGCGAGUAUCGAGUUCGGCGCGAGCUCUCCGCUUCGCGAUUCUCCUCCUCUGCUCCUCCCUUCUCGUCACCUCCGCUACUUCAGCAAUGCGGCCGCUCCAGGCGCUGAGCAAGGCGUGGCGACUACCGGCGUUUGCCCCCCCUUCACUCCCCACUCUCCCUCCGUUCACUCCCCCCUCCCCCCCCGUCUUCCCCCUCUUCCCACCUCUUCCUCCGCCCGCAGUGCGGCCGCUACAGGCGCUGAGCAAGGUGGCGUGGCGGCUUCCGCCGUUUGCUCUGCUUUUCACUGAGUUCGUUACCCCCUCCUUCAAGUUUUCCUCUGCCCCCUCCCUCUCCGGUUUCCCCCUCCCCUCUUCCUCCCCCGCCGGGGCCGCCCCCAGUGCGGCCGCUCCAGGCGCUGAGCAAGGCGUGGCGGCUACUAGCGUUCGCUCCGCCUUUCACAAAACUUAUUUUCUCUCCCUUCGGUCCCCCAUCUACCCCACUCCUUCCCCGGUUCCUCCCUCUUCCUCCCCCACACCCCCUCAGUCGCUACACGACAACCACCUGCACGGCCCCCUGCCCGAUCUGGGGAAGCUGACGCUGCUGAGAGAACUGUACCUGCACGGCAACAAUCUGACGGGUGCCAUCCCAGCUUCCUUUGGCCUCCUCCCCAACCUCGAAGCUCUCAAUCUCGGCGAGAACGCCCUAUCAGGCCGCAUCCCCUUGCAGCUCGGCAAUCUCAAGGCGCUCAUCCUCCUCAACCUCAACAGCAACCGUCUUGUUGGGAAGAUCCCUGAAACUCUCGGAAAGCUUUCCAAUCUACAGCACCUGGAGCUAGGAGGCAAUGCGCUCACAGGGCCGAUCCCGGAUUCGUUUGCGGCGCUUACAAACCUGCUCACACUUGACCUGAGCCCGAACCAGCUAUCUGGCCCCAUCCCACCUGUCAUCGGUGCACUCAGGAAGCUCAGAUGGAUGUACCUGUCGGGGAAUCAAAUCAGCGGCAGUCUGCCGCCCGCAAUUGGAGACCUACAUGACCUGGAGCACCUGUGGAUUGAGGACAACAAACUCACCGGCCCACUCCCAGCCGAGAUCGGCAACUGCACGAGCCUGCAGAUACUCUACCUAUCCAACAACAACAUCAGCGGCAGUGUACCGGACAGCAUAGGCCGCCUGAGUUCCGUGCGAGACAUGCGGCUGGAUCAAAACAUGCUCUCAGGCGCCCUCCCACCAUCCAUUGGCGCCCUCUCCAAUCUCACUGUUCUCGAGCUGCACUACAACCAGCUCUCAGGAGCCCUACCACCCACUCUGGGACAGCUCUUCCUCCUCAAAACGCUGACCAUCAACUCCACAGCCCAGCCGUGCCCCGCCUCUUCGUCCCUGUGCCAAGUCACCCAGACCGCCUCCUCCCCCUUCUGUCAGCUCUGCCCCGAGUUCUGCGCCUCCUGCCAGCCCCCUCAGGGGGGUGAUGGCAGUGGGGGCGAUGGCAGUGGUGGCAGCGGCGGGCCGAGCACGGGAGCAAUCAUUGCGGUGGUGUGCGGUUCUCUGCUCCUGCUCACGGCUGUGCUUGUGGCCUUCCUCGUCUGGUGCUGCUGUCGGCCAGGCCAAUCCCCCUUCAAGCACGUCAAAGUCGUGGACCAGGAGGAAUUCGAUGAUGCUGGGCUCAUUCCCUCCCUCUGUUGCCGCUACUCUCUGGUUGAAAUCCGCCGCGCCACCAACAACUGGAGCGAGGAGAACCGCAUAGGCAGCGGGCAGCACAGCGACGUGUACAAGGGCACGUGCCCGUACAACCCCGCCAGCACGUGGGCUGUGAAGCGAUACAAGGAGCGGUCGAAGAACUUCGAGAAGGAGGUGGAGCAGAUAGCGAGCAAGUGGCAUCCCAAUCUCGCCCACCUGCUGGGCUACUGUGUGGACUCGGACACGCGAGUGGAGGGCGGCAGGAUGGUGCAGGUGGAGGAGCAGAUCGCAGUGUAUGAAUACGUGCACCACGGGGACCUCAGCCGCUACCUCUACCAGGGUGAGUCACUACCUUUGCCAAGGUGCGCCAUCUGUGUGACCUGCCAUGCCAGUGCAGCAACUGCUGCAAGGGAAGGCAUGGUGCAGGUGGAGGAGCAGAUGGCAGUGUAUGAAUACGUGCACCAUGGGGACCUCAGCCACUACUUGUAUCAAGGUGAGAGCUCUGAUGUGUUCAGCUUCGGGGUCAUAUUCCUGGAGCUGCUCACGGGGCGGCCGCCAUUCAUCCAAGUGCAGGCGGAGCAUGGGGAGGACCACGAGCACAUCGCAGACUGGGAAGGCCACGUGCACAUUGCAGACUGGGAGGGCGCUGCUGCUGGAGCUGGAGUUCCCGAGUCGUCCUUCCUCUCCCUGGCUGAGCUCGCCAUGCGCUGCACCGCCAUGCCAUUCACCGACCGCCCGCCCUUUCUAGCUGUCUCCCCUACUCACGUCUCCCCUGCUUUUCACUUCCCCCCCUACCAGGCGGCACCGCUCAUAGAUGAGGGCAAGACAGACGAGUUGAAAGACCCCCAUCUCGACGUGCCCGAGUCCUCCUUCCUCUCCCUUGCGGAGCUCGCCAUUCGCUGCACCGCCAUGCCCUUCACCGACCGCCCACCCAUGGGGGAGGUGCUGGCCACGCUCAAGGCCAUUCGCACCGACUUUUUCGGGCUCACGGACCCGGAUGAUGUUUAUGGAGGGGAGGGGAGUGGUGGUGUGGAGAAUGGGUUCAGUGGUGAUAGUGGUGAUGGUGAUGGUCGGGGGGGUUGGGGUGUUUCGGUUAAUAAUGUGUGA